CAUCAGCCAGGAACCCUGGGAUGCCGCAGCUCUUGGCCAACCUCAGAGGAGGAGGAGGAGGAGGAGGGUCCUGCCGGCUAAGAGUUAAUUAGCCCCGCACCGCGAAGGGGGGAGGCGCCAGUUUCCUGGGGACACUGGCUGCCACUGUACGUACUCCUACCCAGGGGAGCUCACAGAGAGUUGGAUGAAUUCUGAGUUGUUAGCUGCGGUCAGCUGGGCUCCCGGGAGCCUGUUCCUGGUGGAAAACAGGGGGCGCCUGGCACAGGGACCAGCGGCUUGCUGAGAGAUUCAACAUGACACUUCUGGGGUCUGAGCAUUCUUUGCUGAUUAGAAGCAAGUUCAGAUCAGUUUUACAGUUACGACUUCAACAGAGAAGGACCCAGGAGCAGCUGGCUAACCAAGGCCUCAUACCACCACUGAAAAGUCCAACUGAAUUCCAUGAGCCAAGAAAAACUUUGGAUAGUGACAAGACUGAAGAUUCCUUGAAACGCAAGGGCAGAAACAGAUCCAACCGUGCCGACUUGGUUACUAUGCACAUACUCCAAGCCUCCACUGCAGAGAGGUCCAUUCCAACUGUUCAGAUGAAGUUGAAAAGAGCCCGCCUCGCCGAUGAUCUCAAUGAAAAGAUUGCUCUCCGACCAGGGCCACUGGAGCUGGUGGAGAAGAACAUACUCCCCGUGGAUUCUGCUGUGAAAGAAGCCAUAAAAGGAAACCAGGUGAGUUUCUCCAAAUCAGCAGACGCCUUUGCCUUUGAAGAGGACAGCAGCGGCGAUGGGCUCUCUCCAGAUCAGACUCGAAGCGAAGACCCCCAGAGCUCAGCAGGAUCCCCACCAGAUGCUAAAGCUACGGAAGCCCCUUUGGCAGGCCCUCUGGGAACAAUUCAGGAUCUUGCUUCUGGCUCAGAAAAUGACAAGAAUGAUUCCGCCUCACAGUCCAGCAAUCAGCCAGACGCUGGGAAGCAGGGUCUUGGCCCCCUCAGCGCCCCCAUCCCUGUGCAUGCUGCUGUAAAGUCCAAGUCCUUGGGUGACAAUAAGAAUCGCCACAAAAAGCCCAAGGACCCCAAGCCCAAGGUGAAGAAGCUUAAAUAUCACCAGUACAUUCCCCCUGACCAGAAGGCAGAGAAGUCCCCACCGCCCAUGGACUCAGCCUAUGCUCGGCUGCUCCAGCAACAACAGCUGUUCCUGCAGCUCCAGAUUCUCAGCCAGCAGCAGCAGCAGCAGCAGCAACAACAACAACAACAACACAGAUUCAACUACCCUGGGAUGCACCAAGCGCAACUCAAAGAACCCAACGAACAGAUGGUCCGAAAUCCAAACUCCUCUUCAGCACCACUGAGCAAUACCCCUCUGUCUCCCGUCAAAAACAGUUUUUCUGGACAAACUGGUGUCUCUUCUUUCAAGCCAGGCCCACUCCCACCUAACCUGGACGAUCUAAAGGUCUCUGAAUUGCGACAACAGCUUCGGAUACGGGGCUUGCCCGUGUCAGGCACCAAAACGGCUCUUAUGGACCGGCUUCGACCCUUCCAGGACUGUUCCGGCAACUCCGUACCCAACUUCGGCGACAUAACGACUGUCACUUUUCCCGUGACACCCAACGCGCUGCCCAAUUACCAGUCGUCCCCUUCCACCAGUGCCUUAUCCAAUGGCUUCUACCGCUUCGGCAGCACCAGCUCCAGCCCCCCAAUCUCCCCGGCCUCGUCUGACCUGUCGGUGGCCGGGUCCCUGCCGGACACCUUCACCGACGCCUCUCCGUCCUUUGGUCUGCACCCGUCCCCAGUGCACGUCUGCACGGAGGAAAGUCUCAUGAGCAGCCUGAACGGGGGCUCGGGUCCUUCGGAGCUGGACGGGCUGGACUCUGAGAAGGACAAGAUGCUGGUGGAGAAGCAGAAGGUGAUCAAUGAACUGACCUGGAAACUGCAGCAAGAGCAAAGGCAGGUGGAAGAGCUGAGGAUGCAGCUUCAGAAGCAGAAAAGCACUAACUGUGCGGAGAAGAAGCCCCUGCCCUUCUUAGCUGCCCCCAUCAAGCAGGAAGAUGCGGUCUCCAGCUGUCCUUUUGCAUCCCAACAAGUGUCCGUGAAAGGACAAAACAGCUCCGAGAGUCAACCCCCGGCUUGCGAAGCGGCUCCACUCCUGCCCCUUGGAAGCGCUCACUGUGUGGACUCCUCAGGUCAAACCAAUGUACUUUCUUCCACGUUUCUCAGUCCCCAGUGCUCUCCGCAGCAUUCGCCCCUGGGAGCCCUGAAAAGCCCGCAGCACAUCAGUCUGCCCCCAUCGCCCAACAACCAUUACUUCCUACCCUCAUCUUCCGGGGCCCAAGGAGAAGGGCACAGGGUCUCCUCACCCAUCAGCCAGGUGUGCACCACACAGGUAAGAACACCUCGCUACACACCCAGUGUGACCCUCUUUCAGGAAGUUGGAAGGCAAAUUUCCAACUACCAAAGAAGCAAUCCACAAGCCCCCACAGUAGACCAGCCCCAUAGUUAUGAUGAUAAUUUGCAACAGCAAAUGACUCGGAGUCAACAGAUGGAUGAACUCCUAGAUGUCCUCAUUGAGAGUGGAGAAAUGCCCGCCGAUGCCAGAGAGGAUCACUCAUGUCUUCAAAAAGUCCCAAAGAUACCGGGGCCUUCCCGAAGUCCUGCUGUGGUCCUUCCCAAGCCUUCGGCCUCCUGUGAACCAGCCUCUUCAGGAGGACAGCUCUCCUUUGAUCACUACGCUGCCGACAGCGAGGAGCACCUGGAAGUCUUAUUAAAUCCCCACAGCCCCUUAGGAAAGAUGAGCGACGUCGCCCUUCUCAAAAUCGGGAACGAGGAGCCUGCUUUCGAUGGGAUCAUGGAUGGCUUCUCCGGAAAGGCUGCAGAAGACCUCUUCAAUGCACACGAGAUCUUGCCCGGCCCCCUCUCCCCCAUGCAGACACAGUUUUCACCCUCUUCUGUGGACAGCAGUGGGCUGCAGUUAAGCUUCACAGAAUCUCCAUGGGAAACCAUGGAGUGGCUGGACCUCACUCCACCCAGCUCCACACCAGGCUUUAGCUCCCUUGCCACCAGCGGCCCCAGCAUCUUCAACAUUGAUUUCCUGGAUGUCACAGAUCUCAAUCUGAAUUCUCCCAUGGACCUUCACUUACAGCAGUGGUAGAAUGCCAACGCUCAGAAAGACCAGUAGGAAUUCCAUGGCGGGAGAUAUCUAUCACACAACCCUUAAGUACUUCCCUUAUCUAGAAGAAAAAGAAGAAGAAAAUCCAAAAGAAGCAAUGGAAGCUUCUGUGACAAAAUAAGCAGGAGUCAUUUUUUUAAAAACAUAUAUGUUAUAUUUACUAACAUUCAGUAACUGUUUAAUAAUUUCAGCAGUGCAUUCAGAAAUGUGCAUUUUCAGAGUACAGAUGCAAAAAAAUAUUUUUUUCACUGCCUUUUGGAAUACCAAUAUUUUUUCUAGCCCAUAGUUUUUCUCAGGCAUUAUUGGAGCAGAAGCUCAUACUGUGAGCUUUUGUCAUGAAUUUAUUAGAAUUACUAAUUAAAAAAAAAAGUCUUUGGAGAGCAUGAGGAAGCCAGUCCUUAAAAGAUUAUGGAAGAUAUAUGGAUGGUGGAGGCUGCUUCCUACGUCUCCAUUGUCUGUCUUUCAAAAGAGCAACAAGGUCUAACUUCAGUUAGGGAGUCCUAACUCAGUUAGGGAGGCAAUAGAGGGACAGAACCAAUCCAUUCCCAGGAAAGCAAAAUCAACAUAAUGUCCUUCCACCCCCAAAACUGUCCCCACUGGAGUGGUUCCAAUCCUAGACUGUGUGAUCACUGAUAAACAACUAACUUGCACUGAGUCCAGAGAAUUCCAUCUAGACCUGUUUUUUUUUUUUUCUUUUUCUUUUUCUGCCAGUAACCCAGUCAUUCCCACCAUCUGGGUGCUAAUAAGCAUUGUGUAAUAGGUGAGAACUUUAAAGCAAGAAGACCAUGGAAGAAGAUUUCUCAGAUUCUUCCACAUAAACCCCUUUAGUUCCAAAAGCUAGAGAUAGGCAGGCAGAAAGGUAUCUCUAGACCCAGGAAGCCAUUAUCAGGGAUAAUUUAGACAGAAAACAGCAUUCUUCACACCUCCUAGGAAUGCAUACCAUGGAUUGCUAUUACAGGACUGUUCUCAUAGAGGUCCAACUUGUUAUUGUUGUUGUUGUUGUUGUGUUGUUCUUGUUCUGGUUCUUAUGAUGGGAAGGGGGGUCCACCUCAGUUUAUCUUUCUCCCACUCCAUUUAUCUUUCAAGAUAUCAACCUUUUCUUACUCCUCUUUUUGAAGAUCUCUCUCUCUCUUUUUUUUUUUUUUUUGGCCCAAUAUUGGGAGGAGAGGAUGUCUCCGCUCUCACAAGCUCCACACUCCUAAUAAAGCCAUGUUUUAGAAGGUUAAAAGUCCAGGUUCUCCUGCAGAACCCAUUCUCUUGCACAGUUUGCUGCCAAAGGAAGUGCCAAGAAUUUCCUUAGGAAGAAACUGGUGACUUGGCCCAUGGGUCACAAAGCUCACUCUUACUCUCAUUUGAUUCACAAGCAAUCUUCGAUUUGGGUUGCUCUGGGAAAAUUGGAAAUCAUUUAUAUUGUAAAGAUAAGUCUGGAUGAUAUUUACAGGAGAGAGUGUUUCAGGUCUGGGUUUCUGAAAGAAAGCACAAUUGCACAUUGAAAGCAAUGGAAGGAACAAAAGACCAUGGUCGAUAAUGAGCAUUCCUCAUUACCUCUUGUGCUUUGGAAGGCAGUUGGGAAAAAAAAAAAAAAAGAAAGAAAAAUAAAAAACUCCAUUUGCAGGACAGUCUCUCUAAGGCUCACAGUGGCUCCAGUUCACCAUUUUAUAAUGUUGCAUGCUGUAGAAAGUAGCUAUUGCUGUUUUAUUUUUUUUUAAUUUAAGUCACUAAGUCACUGUUUUCUUCUUUUGUAAAAAAAAAAAAUAUGUUGUUCACUGUGCACUUAUAGAGAACAUAAUCAAUGUUGUGAUGUUAAAAAGUUCUCAUUUUGGUUUCUUCUAAACCAAAGAUUUAGAAGUCAUUCCAUUGUUAACUUGUAAAAACCGUGUGAACACAGAGUGUUUUGGGUGACUGCUACUCUGAAAGCUGCCAGAUCUUAUUUGGGGUGGAGGAUACACACACACACACACAUAACACACACAUCUUGCUCUAUACAUUUGUAGGCUGAGACUGUUAUAUGUGUGUGCACAUGCACACACAUAUAUAUGCAUACACGUGUGUGUUUGUGUGUGUGCAUGUAUCUUGAAAGCGGUAUUACAGAGUUCCAUACCGGAAGCCUUUAACCCUCAAUCUGCUGUGAAUGAUACCUGGCCUUUCUCACUACGUGUUCCUGUUAAUUAACCAGACUACACGUUGCCGCUCUGUGUAUGACUAAGGGCUCCAACCCAGUGACUCAUAGCCACUUGCUGACCAUGAACAAGCUCCUCUUGCCAACGAAUAUGGAUGUGAAAAGACAGAACGGCUUUGCCAUUAGCAGCUGCGGAUGGUAACAGUCUUUUGUAGAAGAGUCCAUAAAAACAACAUGAAAAUCAUCUUACAUUCCUUGAUCUGCAUUGUGCUUGAGAAGAUCUGCAUGAUAAAUUUUAUUAGUUUGCUUGUAUGUCAGUUAUCAGAACAACAAAAAAAAAUCUAGAGGGAAAAAAAUCCCAAUGAAGAUGAAGCUAUGAGAAAGAGACCUUAUUGACACAUUCCACACAUUCAUUUAGUCCUCAGAUGAUGAUGUUUUAUUUGAGUCUCGAUGAAGCUUGCUGCUCGGUCCACUUUUGUAUGUUAUUUUCCCCCUUUCUUUCCUUUUGGAAAACAAACUCACAUGGUAUCCCGACUUGAAGACCUGGUCUGAGUGUUAAUGGUUCUUUUUCUUUGGGAAUUUCUAGCUGAGGGGUGAGAUCUGAUUAGGAGACCUCUGUACUUGGCUAGACUGUGCCUUUACGUUGGGUUGUGUCUUCGCAUAUUCCUCAAGACUGAAAUACAAGAUUCACGGUAGUCAAAAAGGUAAAAUGGCUCCUAUUUGCUACCACAAACUAACACAGUUAAAAGAGCAGAUCCCUAGAUAACUGGUCUAACCGCCUCCCACAGUCUGCACAUGCCAUAUGCACCCUGUGUCAGGGAAUUGGGAGGAGAAAACUGGAGAUGCUUGAGUGGGAAGCGAUGAAGAUGGCUGCAUCCAAUCAAAUAAUUCAUGUUAAUUCAUCUGUCUCUUAUUGGGGAUUUUUAUUUUAAAUUCUUGGGUGUGUCCUCUUUUGUGGUGGCAAAUUGGGUAUGACUAAAAAUAGGUAUACAGAGAAGUGACCACAUUCUUGUGUCUUAAUGCUUUUAAAGGUGAAGAUGACCAUGUGAAUUUAAGAGUGCUGGACCUACCAUGGUGAUGCAGAGAUGCAGACCUUUGUAGCCAUUCCCAAUCUGGUCACAAUCCACUUGAUUCAUACUUACCUAAUGGAAUCAGAAAAUGUAUUUGUGCAAGCUCUCUCAGUAAGCCUAUUCUCAUUUAGGAAUGACGCUGCCUCUUAAAAUGAAACUGAGAGGGAAAGAGAUGGAGGGGGAGAGGAAGAGGAGGAAGAAGAGAAUGAACAGGGGAGGGAAGAAGGAAGGAGAAAGGAUGGAGGAAAGAAGGAAAAAAGAAAGAGAGAAGUAAAAAAGGGAAGGAGGAAAGAAAAAAAGUGCCCAUCUUACUGAUCCAUGAACCUCUUAGUUCAGCUAAGAUAUUGCAUUAUGAAAACUGCAUCGAAAACUCAUAAAUGAGAAGCCAUUUUUAACAACCCAGUGAUUGCACCUGUACUGGUGGAAAGCAAGUCAGCCUUCACCUGAAUUGUCAAAGGUCUGUAAAGUAAGAGUCUUACACCUUUCAAAAACAGUGAUUUCCAAUCUGAGAAAAAAAAAAAAAGAAUAGCACCUAGCCAAGCAUUCAAGAUAGUUCUUUUUUAAAAAAAUAUUUAUUAUAACUUCAAUCUUCUA